GUUGUUAAUCUUUUCCCAUCUGUUUGAAUUUUGCUGAACUGAGAUUUCUUACUAGACAACACAUCACUAACAACACCUCGUCCACAAGUAUCCAUCAUUUUGGGAAACAGACCAGCAAUUUUUUCCUUUUAGCCCUUCUCUCUACCAAACUCCGACUGAUAUAAGUAUCGUCUCUUGCUCGUAUAUCUCGUGUUAUUGUGUCAUCCAGAGACGUGCCCUCGGCGAUUGGCAUUACGUAUCGUUUCCUCUUCCAAGGCCGGCAUCUCUCUCUGAGAGAGGCAUAUUCUUCCCUCUUCUUUUGUCAGGUGAUUCAGGAAAUGAGAGACAGAAUGGAAAGGCUUGUCCUCCUUCCAUUUGCUGUUGGCUGUAUAUCUGAAUCAAGCGUCGCCAUAGCUACCCAGAAUCACCGGCGAUCAAAGAAUGUCGACUCGCCACCAUCAAGCUCAAAUUGUGAAGGGACUGAUCAGGAAACGACAGAUCGAGACAAGGAGGAAGAAGGGAGCUUCUCUGAUGAAAGUAUGAAAAGCUCCUUCAGCUUGAUGGCUCUACCGAAGCCCAACAUAUCGACCGGCAUUCAAAGGCUAUUCAAGGGGUUCAGAAGCGUCUCUCACUUAUUCGUGUACAAGGAAGAGGACAUGCAAGAGGAGGAGACGGAGAUACAAAUAGGACUCCCAACAGACGUGAAGCAUGUGACCCACAUUGGAUGGGAUGGAUGUGCAGCCCUAAACCCCAUCGGGGGCUGGGACUGUCUGAUGCCUCCCGAUCAUGAGCCGCUCCACUCUGCCGACGGGCAUGAUCAGCUCUUUCCCUCUUCUGCCGAUGCUUCUUUAGCACAGUCUGAGCAUUCCAGAUCAAUUGCAUAAGCGAGACCUGCUCCUUUCUGUAUGGAUGAUACUGAUGAAUUAUGUUUGGUGUCGAUUCAGACCUUUCUCCGUAUUUAAUUUGUAUAAAGUGAAAACUGUAUCCCAGAUGAAGCUUCAAUCAUAGGUAAAAUAUGAUAUAUAGCAUUACCAUUGGAAUGGUGUACUAAGAAGCUUCUUAUUCUGGGUAUGUUGUGCAGUAAUCAAGUAGAAUUUACAGAGUCCACUUGACAUGGUUUGAUUAUGCAGUAAUCAAGUAAAAUUUCACAGAA